AUGACAGAUGAACUUGAAGAUCACGAAGGAACAGUCAGUAUUGGGGGCAGAACGACUAAUAGCUUACGUUUUGCAGAUGACAUAGACGGUCUUGCAGAACAAGAGCGAGAACUAGUCAGCUUAAUAGACCGUCUUGGAAAGACCUCCAUAGCCUACAGAACGGAAAUCAGUGCUAAGAAGACCAGACUGAUGUCUAAGAGCAACAAGAACAUCACAGUGGACAUCCAGAAUAUAUCAAGCGCGAUGCGCGGACUUAACCUGCCCAGGACUGCGCUGUCGGUCGCUGUGUUUAUCUUCCUACUCACAAACGUAGCAGAGGGUGCCAUCACUCGAAAACAUUUUAUCGCGUCAGAGGAAAUAGACUGGCAGUAUACCAAUGGAGAUAUGAGCAAUCUGCUAGAUCUCAAUGAUCAAAGCUCUGCGGAAGCAUUUCUGAGAACAAGUCGUGAUCGCAUCGGAGCAACUUACAAGAAAGCAAUCUAUGAAGAGUAUACUGAUAACACAUUCACGCAGAAGAAAAAGAAACCCCCGAGCAGAGGUCUGGUGGGACCUCUCCUCAGAGCGGAAAUCGGGGACACUGUGGAGAUCACCUACUUCAACAACGCCUCCAGGGAGUACUCAUUGCAUCCCCAUGGCUUGUUCUACUUAAAACAGCAUGAAGGCGCCAUAUAUCUGGACGGAACAUCCGGCCGACGUAAAUAUGACGACAUCGUUUUUCCUGGGGAGACCGUCAAACUAAUCUGGAACGUGACCGAAAGCGACGCCCCAGGCCCGGACGACCCCAACUGCAUACCCUGGGUGUACCACUCGCACCUCAACACAGUGAGAGACACGUCGGCCGGCAUGAUGGGUGUCAUGAUCACGUGCAGGCCGGGUACACUUGAUUCAAAUGGCAAACGAAAGGAUGUCGAGGUGGAAUAUCCGUUGCUGGUGAAAAUCUGGGAUGAGAACCUCAGCUGGUACAUUGACGAGAAUGCUGGCCGGUGCCUCUCUCCUUCCGCAUGCCAGAAACUGAAAGAGGAUGAAGACGAGGGGUUUAUUGAGAGCAACUACAUGGCAGCUAUCAACGGCUUUAUGUUCGGACAUUUGCCCGACCUUUCG